AUGCGCGAGCUCGUCCACAUCCAGGGAGGCCAAUGCGGGAACCAAAUCGGCGCCAAGUUCUGGGAGGUAAUCGCCGACGAGCACGGCAUUGACCCUACAGGCACCUACCAUGGCGACUCCGAUCUCCAACUCGAAAGGAUCAACGUUUACUUCAACGAGGCGACUGGGGGUCGCUACGUGCCGCGUGCCGUCUUGAUGGAUCUUGAACCAGGCACAAUGGACAGCGUCAGAGCUGGACCUUUCGGGCAGCUGUUCCGUCCUGACAACUUUGUCUUUGGGCAGACGGGAGCUGGGAAUAACUGGGCCAAAGGACACUACACGGAGGGUGCCGAGUUGAUCGACAGCGUGCUGGAUGUGGUGAGAAAGGAAGCAGAGGGCUGCGACUGCUUGCAAGGCUUCCAGCUUUGCCACUCGCUUGGCGGAGGCACUGGGGCCGGCAUGGGCACGUUGCUGGUGUCAAAGGUGCGCGAGGAGUACCCGGAUCGCAUCAUGGAGACGUUCUCCGUCAUUCCCAGUCCGAAGGUGUCCGACACUGUCGUCGAGCCGUACAACGCCGUGCUGAGCUUCCACCAGCUCGUGGAGAAUUCCGAUGAGUCCUUCCUGUUGGACAACGAGGCCCUGUAUGACAUCUGCUUUAGAACGCUGAAGCUGACGACACCGACCUAUGGGGACUUGAAUCACUUGGUGUCUGCGGCCAUGAGUGGCGUCACAUGCUGCCUGCGCUUCCCAGGGCAGCUGAACUGUGACUUGCGUAAGAUCGCCGUGAACCUGGUGCCCUUCCCGCGGCUUCACUUCUUCAUGACGGGCUUCGCUCCGCUGACGUCCCGGGGGUCGCAGCAGUACCGGGCACUCACCGUGCCUGAGCUUACGCAGCAGAUGUUUGACGCCAAGAACAUGAUGUGCGCGGCUGAUCCUCGCCACGGGCGCUACUUGACGGCCGCCGCGCUCUUCCGGGGCAGGAUGUCCACCAAGGAGGUCGACGAGCAAAUGCUCAAUGUGCAAAACAAGAACUCCUCGUACUUUGUGGAGUGGAUCCCGAACAACAUCAAGGCAAGCGUCUGCGACGCUUUGACGUGCUUUGGGAGGGUUUCCAGACUUUUUUCCCGUGGAAGCUGA